AUGACUGCUGCUACUGAAUCUGACUACACAAUUGCCAACUCUGACGUUGUUGCGAAAUAUCGUGUUGCUGGAGACAUUGCCACCAAGGUCCUUUCUGAAAUCAAGAAACUCUGCUUGCCAGGAGCCAAAAUCUACGAGAUCUGUGUCCAUGGCGAUGAAUUGAUUGAUGAUGAAAUUUCCAAAAUCUACAAUAGCAAAAAAAACAAAGUUGACUCGAAGAGCAUUGCUUUUCCUGUGACAAUUUCUCCUAACCAUAUAGCUGCUCACUUGACUCCAAUUAGCUCAGAAGAUCCUUCAAAUUUAACUUUGAAGAAAAACGAUUUGAUUAAGAUCCAACUUGGUGCCCAAGUAGACGGUUUUGCUUCAAUUGUAGCUGACUCAUAUGUGGUUGGUUUAGACAAAAACGAAAAAAUCACUGGCAGAAACGCUGAUGUUAUAUCCGCUGCUUAUUAUGCUACUGAAGCUGCUUUAAGAACAAUUAAAGAAGAUAAAAAAAAUUUUGAUGUGACCUCAAUUGUAUCAAAAACUUCUAAAUUCUUCAAUUGUACUCCCUUAGAAGGCAUGCUAUCUCACAACCAACAACGUAAUGUUUUAAACGGUCCAAAAGAAAUCAUCAUUAACCCCAGUGAAAGUCAAAGAUCUUCUGUUGUUCCAGCAAAAUUUGAAGUUGGUGAUGUUAUCGGCUUAGAUAUAUUGGUAUCAACUAGCACUGAUGGUAAAGUUAAACCAACAGAUAUCAGAACCACCAUUUAUAAAUUAACUGGAACAAGUUACUCAUUGAAAUUAAGAGCUUCUCACCAAGUCUUGGGUGAAAUGAAGAAAAAGGCCUCCAAUUUCCCAUUUGCUAUUCGUAACUUAUCCGAUCCAAUUAAAGGUAAAAUGGGUUUGAUAGAAUGUACUAACCAUAACGUUAUGACUGCUUAUGACAUUAUGACUGAAAAAGAAGGUGAAAUAAUUGCUCAAUUCUACACCACUGUUGCUUUAACCAAAAAUGGUCUAGUUAAAUUAGCCUCAUCUAACUUUGAUAUCUCAACUGUUCAAUCUGAAAAUAAAAUCACUGAUGAUGAACUUUUAAAAUUAUUAUCUACUCCUUUAAAAACCAAUAAGAAGAAGAAAUCAAAAGCUAAAAAAGCUUCUUCAGCUGCUGAAAAACCUGCCGCCACCUCAGUUCCUGCUACAAAAGCACCACCAGCACCAGCACCAGCACCAGCUACUAAAACUGCUAAAUAA